GUCACCGAACCAAUCAUCGGAGCCGACUUCCUCGCCCACUACAAUCUGCUGUCUGACUUAAGGAACUCUCGCCUGGUCGACAACACCACCGGCCUAACAACUUCCGGAUUCCAUCGAGAUGCCGCUGUCCAUACUGCCAAGGUAAUCCAGGUAGUGGAUGGCGAGUACGCGGAGCUGCUGCGACGAUUUUCAGCCCUGAUGCUACCACCCGGGGCACCUAAUGAGGUAAGACAUGAUACCGUCCAUUACACUGAGACUACUGAUGGACCCCCUACCUCUUGUAGGCCGCGACGUUUAUCCCCAGAUCGCCUCAAAAUAUCAAAGGCAGAAUUUGACUGUAUGUUUCGCGAAGGUGUAGUCCGGCCUUCCGACAGCCCUUGGACCUCACCAUUACAUCUAGCGCCAAAGAAGGAGGGUGCAUGGAGGCUGUGCGGCGAUUAUAGAGCGCUGAACUCUCACGAAAUGACUGAUGCAUUUGAGGCGGUCAACAAAAGCAUCGCCAACGCAGCCCUGCUGGCACAUCCAGAUCCUACCGCCACGUUAGCACUGGUAGUCGACGCUAGCCAGACUGCAAUCGGCGCUGUGUUGCAACAACAGUAUAGUGACACGUGGCAGCCACUCGCAUUUUUUUCACGCAAGUUGACAACGUCACAAAGACGGAGCACAUACGGCAGAGAACUU